UUCAUGUGUGUUUGAAACUGUGGAAUUACAGUGCCUUGACCAUUCGUUUUGGAUUUUAUUGACAUAAACCAAAAACUGAACUUAUUUUGACAUAUAAUCUGUGUGUAACUUUCAUUGAAAUUUCUCAAGAAGAAUAUUAGAAGACUGUCAAACAUGAGAACAGAAAGCGAAAUAUUUCCUCGAAAUAUUUUGCAUACAUUUCUUUUCUGGAUCUACAUCUCUCAAAAAGUGCAAGACAGCUACGCCACAACUGCCACGCCUGUACCCGUCUUCCAAGUUACUCCUCCCUCUGACUCGAUGCUCACUGUCACCUCUCGCCCUACGUUAUAUCACGAAUCCACGCACUACGAUAAUUCUAAAAGCAGUAUUGAGAGAUAUCUCGCGGCUUGGAAUACAUCUACCAACGUUCUUCAAAGAAAUACUUCGAGAUCCAAAUCUCAAUCUCAACAACAGCAGAUGGCUACGGAACAUGCAGAACAAAACGAGUUUACAUCUGGAAAUUAUCAUAUCAUACGUGGUGCUAAGCAUAGAGAUGAAACGAAAGAAUCGGAAAAAUUUAGCAGUAAUGAACACCAAAGGGAACGCGAAACCAGCCCUCUGAAACCAGGAGAUGCCUACUAUCCAGCAUCUGUAGAGAGUCACGCUGCUGAUCCCAAUGAGAACGAGCUCGUUGAAACUCCUAAACAACCUUUUCCUCCAGUACCGGGUGCUGGAUAUGUUCCCCCAGCCACAGUCAUAGAACAAUCAGCUCCAGUAGUUUUAGGAUUUCAACAUGAAAGAGAAGUACCUAGAGUAGAAUAUGUAACUGCAGACUGCUUCAGUAAUUAUAUGAAAAUAACUGUUCAAUUCAACGGUUCUUUCGACGGUCUAGUAUACAGCACAGGCUAUGCACACGACAAUGAUUGUGUAUAUAUUAAUGGUUCUGGACAUGAUCGUUAUGAGUUUUCUAUCCGUUUGAACAGAUGUGGCACCCUUGGGAGACCUGAGUUUGAACCGUCUUCCAAUGAAGUACCAGAUAGAAAUCAUUUUAUGUGGAACACAAUUACCGUGCAGUAUAAUCCAGAUAUCGAAGAAGACUGGGAUGAGCAUUUUCAAGUCACCUGUGAGUACGGUUAUGAGUUUCGAAGAACUGUCACAUUCCCAGUGGUUGGAGUAGAGAAAAAUACAGCAAGCCCGUAUUUAGUAACUCUUUCUCCACCCCAGUGUUACAUGGAAGUUCGAUCUGGUUUUGGACCAUCUGGAAGUCGCCUUACCGGACCAGUCACUGUAGGAGACCCACUGACGCUCAUGAUUCACAUGGAAAGCGACAGCACUGAAUUUGAUGUUGCUGUAAGUAGUUGCUUCGCUCACAAUGGAGCUAAGAAAAGACUACAGCUAAUUGAUGCCAAUGGAUGCAUUUUGAAAGAGCAGCUGAUGAGUCCUUUUCGAGGCAUCCGUAGUGGAGGAGGAACAAAUCAUAUUGCUCUUUACGCUUAUUUUAAGGCAUUCAGAUUCACAAGCAGUCCUGCAUUGUAUUUGGAAUGUGAUGUCCACAUGUGCCAUGGAACGUGUCCCGCUCAGAGGUGUCACUGGAAAAGCUUGACAAAACGAUCUGCCGAUCUCCAUUUUGAAGCUGACAAUUCUUCUUUAACGUCGGAAAAUGUCAGCUUAUUCCAAGCUUUACAAGUACUACAGGAAUCGUCAGAUACAUUAGCGGCAGGCAGUACAAAAACUGAUGAAACACCUAGCAGUACCAUGUGUUUACCAGUACUAGCUUUGACAGCAGUUACCACAGCAUUUCUGGCCUGCCUGUUGCUUUCUACUAUCAUGUGCAUUCUGCUAUGCUUACGGAUGAAACGGAUGAAAGAAGCUGGUGAUAUGUCUGGUCUAAACACCUAUAUGACUAAUACCUAUUUGCACAAGCAACCUUCAAGAAAAAGAUUAUAAUUUUUAUUCAGACUAAGCAGUUUUGUUUCGAAGAUGGAUAUUGAUUCAGUCAGUUGUUCUGAAGCAAGUUUCUGGAACUUGAUUUCGCCCGAUGAACAAAAAAGAAUGUGGUAUAGUUUUAUAGGCUCAAAAAAGAUUUCCGUGUAACAUCAUAAUUUAUUUUUCACUAUAAAAUUAUCAUUCAUGGGAU